UUUAAAGUUUCACCAGCAGAAGGCAGUAGAGUCAGUCAGUGUUCUUGUGUUAACUCACCAUCGAGUGACAGUCAGUCAGUAUGGUCAGUUGUAUAUUUAUUCACUGAGAACAGCACAGCAGAGGAAUGAAGCUCUGAAACACGCCUACAUCACUGAGGGCCUGAUAAUGGCCAUCCGAAGAUGCUAGCAUUACCAUGGGCAGCGUUACUUUGCGCUACUUUUGCUAUGGUUGCCUCUUCACCUCUGUGACCUGGUCGAUUCUUCUGUUCCUGUACUUCAAUCUCACCCAGGAAAGCCGCCUGUCCAUCAGAAAUGUGCCCGUCCAGGGGCAGCAUCGCUUUCAGCCUCGUUUCACCCGAGACCCAGCGGUCCAGCGUAUAGAUGGAGGACAAGCUCACAUAGGUCAUGCUAUAGGGGCUGCCAAACCAGACUUCUCUCCAGAGCUUGGAAUGAUUUUUAACAAGCAGGAUCAAGAAGUGCGUGACAUGGGCUAUCACAAACACGCUUUCAACGUGCUCAUCAGUAACCGCCUGGGCUAUCACAGAGACGUGCCCGACACCAGGAACGACAAGUGUAGAGGCAGGAUCUACCCCAUGGCCUUGCCAACAGCCAGCAUAGUGAUAUGUUUCUUCAAUGAGGCCUUCUCUGCCCUCCUGAGGACUGUUCACAGCGUGCUGGAUCGCACACCAAACUACUUGCUCCACGAGAUAAUACUAGUGGACGACCAUAGUGAACUGGAUGAUCUGAAGGAGGAUCUAGACAUUUACAUUCAACAACACCUGCAGAAGAAGGUGAAGCUGGUUCGUAAUGAGAGGAGAGAGGGGCUGAUUCGUGGGAGGAUGAUAGGAGCGUCUCACGCUACAGGUGAGGUGUUGGUGUUUUUGGACAGUCACUGUGAGGUGAAUGAGGCAUGGUUACAGCCGCUGCUUUCACCCAUAAAAGAGAACCGAAAAAACGUGGUGUGUCCUGUUAUUGACAUCAUCAGUGCCGACACACUGGUCUACAGCCCCUCUCCCAUUGUACGAGGGGGAUUCAACUGGGGCUUGCACUUUAAAUGGGACCCAGUGCCCAUGUCUGAACUCAACAAUCCUGAUGGAGUGAUCAGGUCUCCAACAAUGGCUGGGGGACUGUUUGCCAUGGACAGGAACUACUUUCGUGAACUCGGUCAGUACGAUCGUGGCAUGGACAUCUGGGGAGGGGAAAACUUGGAAAUCUCUUUUCGGAUCUGGAUGUGUGGUGGCCAGUUGCUGAUCAUUCCCUGCUCCAGGGUGGGGCACAUCUUCCGCAAGCGCCGGCCCUAUGGGUCACCUGGAGGUCAGGAUACAAUGGCCCACAAUUCCUUGCGCCUGGCCCAUGUCUGGAUGGAUGAGUACAAGGAGCAGUACUUUGCCUUACGUCCUGAACUAAGGAAUCGUGAUUAUGGGGACAUCAGUGAGCGAGUUGCCAUUCGGAAUCGACUGCAGUGUCACUCUUUUAGAUGGUAUCUGGACAACAUUUACCCCGAGAUGCAAGUUUCCUCACCGCACAAGCCUCAGCAACCCGUCUUCAUUAACAAGGGUUUGAAGAGACCUAAAGUUUUGCAAAGGGGUCGGUUACGUAAUUUGAUGGUUGAUAAAUGUCUGGUGGCACAGGGGCGUCCCAGCCAAAAGGGCGGUGCUGUUGUGGUGAGAGACUGUGACCCACAGGACCAUGAACAGGAGUGGGCUUAUGAUGAGGAGCACGAGUUGAUUUUAUCCGGUCUGUUGUGUUUGGAUAUGUCUGAGAUCCGUUCUUCUGACCCGCCACGACUCAUGAAAUGUCACGGAUCUGGUGGGUCUCAGCAGUGGACAUUGGGGAAGAAUAACUGGCUGUAUCAGGUGUCAGUUGGUCAGUGUUUGGCUGUUGUAGAUCCCCUCAGCAUCAAAGGAUAUGUGGCUAUGGCAAUCUGUGAUAAUUCCCUGUCCCAGCAGUGGCAGAUAGUGGGUUGAAGUUGGUUGUUAAUGUGAUAUUCAGCACAUCCUCUGACUGAAAGAAGAACUGCAGUUUUGCAGGACUCUCACUGAUCUAGAUGGAGAUCACAGUAAUGUCAGGAGAACACAGCUCUGGUGUGAACUUUCAUGGUCCUGUAAUCUUUAUUCAGAAACAUCUAUUUUUAGAGUAUUUUAAGAAUAAUGGGUGUUUAUUUGGUUACAUUUCAAAAAGAACUUUAAAAGAAAAAUAGUUUCGCUGUGCAAACUGUUUUAAUCAUUUUAUUUUUAUUUUUAAUUGAAUCAUCUCAGAACACAUUUUCAUACAAGCAACUAAUUAUUACAGAAUUACAAAACAAGAGUCAAAUAAUAUGCCCACUUACAUAAAAACAGACACACAAUCACAAUAAUACAGUGUAUAUAUAAUCUCUAAAUAAAAUGAGAAGAAAGAAAAUAGAUUUUUUUUAAUCAGAAGCUGUUUGCUUAAAGUAAUGCAAACAGAGAAACAAUUUUCAUUGUAUUACAGAUGUUAGAUGUGUAUUAUUAAAUUAUAAUCUAUAAUAGUCUGCUAGAUUUCAUCUUUUAAUUACAUUACAGGAUUGCUGCAUUGUGUGGUAUUGUAUCUGUAUUUGUUCACUUGUGUACAUUUUAAGUCAUGAUUUUGUUGAAUUUUCUUGAAUUCAUUAUGAUUGUUGAAUUUACCUUGAAAUGAUUUACCUCUUCAUUUCCAAUAAAGUUUAGUGGACUACA